AGGGGCGGAAGAAAAGACAGCUGGUAGCAACACGCAACUGCGAACAACUAUAAAAACUGUUGUCACGACUGAAGCCAGUCACACUGCGUCAAGAUGAAGGCGCGGGUCGUCAUUCACUUCCUGUGCUUUGCCUUGGCCGCAACAAUAUGUGCUGGGCAGUCUACGAACUUGGGUAUUCCAGACCUGCCUGGCAACUGGACAGGAAAUGGAACAGACAUCCCAGAACCACCUGGUAACUGGACAGGAAAUGGAACAGAUAUCCCUGAACCACCUGGUAACUGGACAGGAAAUGGAACAGACAUUCCAGAACCGCCUGGUAACUGGACAGGAAAUGGAACAGAUAUCCCUGAACCUCCAGGCAACUGGACAGGAAAUGGAACUGAUAUUCCAGAACCGCCAGGUAACUGGACAGGAAAUGGCACAGACAUUCCAGAACCGCCAGGCAAUUGGACAGGAAAUGGAACUGAUAUUCCAGAACCACCUGGUAAUUGGACAGGAAAUGGAACAGAUAUCCCUGAACCACCUGGUAACUGGACAGGAAAUGGGACAGAUAUCCCAGAACCACCUGGUAACUGGACAGGGAAUGGAACAGAUAUCCCUGAACCGCCAGGUAACUGGACAGGCAAUGGUACAGACAUUCCAGAACCACCUGGUAACUGGACAGGGAAUGGAACAGAUAUCCCUGAACCACCUGGUAACUGGACAGGGAAUGGAACAGAUAUCCCUGAACCACCAGGUAACUGGACAGGAAAUGGAACAGACAUCCCAGAACCCCCAGGUAAUUGGACAGGAAAUGGGACAGAUAUCCCUGAACCUCCAGGUAACUGGACAGGCAAUGGUACAGACAUUCCAGAGCCACCUGGUAAUUGGACAGGAAAUGGAACAGAUAUCCCAGAACCCCCAGGUAACUGGACAGGAAAUGGAACAGAUAUCCCUGAACCACCUGGUAACUGGACAGGAAAUGGAACAGACAUUCCAGAACCACCUGGUAACUGGACAGGAAAUGGAACAGAUAUCCCUGAACCUCCAGGCAACUGGACAGGAAAUGGAACUGAUAUUCCAGAACCACCUGGUAAUUGGACAGGAAAUGGAACAGAUAUCCCUGAACCACCCGGUAACUGGACAGGAAAUGGGACAGAUAUCCCUGAACCACCUGGUAACUGGACAGGGAAUGGAACAGAUAUCCCUGAACCACCAGGUAACUGGACAGGCAAUGGUACAGACAUUCCAGAACCACCUGGUAACUGGACAGGGAAUGGAACAGAUAUCCCUGAACCACCUGGUAACUGGACAGGCAAUGGUACAGACAUUCCAGAACCACCCGGUAACUGGACAGGAAAUGGGACAGAUAUCCCAGAACCACCAGGUAAUUGGACUGGAAAUGGAACAGGUUUACCACUACAAUCUGGCAACGUGGCUAGUAGCACAUCUGGUAUGCCUUCCGGGCCAUCUAACUCUGUGGGAAGUGAAACGAAUAAACCAGGUUCUCCUGAGUCACAGCAAGAGUUUCCUCCCAGUCUUAAUAUGCCAUGGAAUAAUCUUUUGCCUCACAGAAUAGAAAAUCUUCCUGCCUUCAAUCCUGGACUGAACCCAAUUUUUAAUUUUCUUCGUACUAUACAACACCUGAAUAACAGACGUCCCUUCUUUGUAAUAUAGACUGCAAUGAUUUUAUUGCUGUUAGUCCGUGUAUCUUCUCUGUAGUGCAUAGGAAUAAAUACUGGAUUCAGUGUUCAA